AUGUUGCCGCUACACGGCCUCCUACUCCUCCUGGUGUUGAUUUAUCACGCAUCGACCGGACACUCUUUACCGGCUACCUACGAUCAACGUCAGCACGGUCAACUGAACGUUCAGAUCCACUUGAAGAACGUGCAGAUCGUCGCGGUGAUGGACAAGGAGUCGCUCGACGAUUACACGGAGUAUGAUUACAUUUACGAUUACGCUGAUUUCACGGUGAAACCCAGCCAAAAACCAACCGUAGCCCCGAUACACACCGAACCACCGACAACUUUGGAUACAGCUUCACCGGUUUCGGAAAUCACCACCGUCGAGUCCGAUACCACGGAUGCGACCGUUUCGUCGUCCAGCGAAUCUUCGAUUGUAAGUUUCAUCGUUGGGGACACGAACGUCACCGUGACAGUGGACACCGAGGAACCAGACGUGUCGUCAACUGAAAAAACAGAAGAUUCCACAAACGAGAACGUCGACACUAGGAAUGCAUCCGUGAAGGGUAACGAUGGACAAGAGAACAUGGUAUUAUCUUCUGCGGGGAACUCGACUAAAUCGAUCGUGAAACGGUGCAGAACUGGAUACAUACCGGAUGGAAAGGGUCGUUGUCGUCGACUGAGCCAACGACGAUUGUCAUUGAUUCCUAUUGCAAUGGGUCUCGGGCCGAAAUUCCUGGACGGUCUGACGCGCUCCACGAAGAAUCUGGCGCAAUAG